CUAAUGUUAUCACAUGAUUCUCAAUGUUUCCGUAUUAGAACUUCCGUAUUAUGCACAAUGGGGAAGAAAUAAGAUGGCUGUUUUAUACACAUUUAUUACACUGAUUUUAGUUGCAAAUGUUAAUUCAAUUCAAACAAAAUACUUUAAAUCAGCUUGCAACCAAACUAUACCAAUACCGGACGAGGGAGAUAUUCUAUUCGUAAUAGACAAGUCUCACCCUUUAUCAAAAAGUCCAUGCACAGUGUUUGUCUUCAAUCAAAAAUCUCCGUCACGUGUUUUGGUAAAUUUGAACAAAUUUAAAAUUGAUGGUUCAAAAAAAUGCACACAAUCUGGUUUGGAUAUUUACGAUGGACAUGGCAGUAACAAGAAACAGUCACUGACAGGUCAGAACGGGUUAUGUGGCUCUAUCAAAAUAGAUUUGUACAACUCGACGCAACAGAAUAUGACGUUUACCGUCCAUGAUAAUAAAGGAACAGCUUUGCUUUCUCUACUGGUAACGUCAGCUCGCAAAGGAGAAUGUCAUCAUAACGAAUUGAACUGUCGAAAUGGUUUUUGUAUUCCUGGAAAAUUAGCAUGCAAUGGAUACAACAACUGCGGAAAUGGAAUCGACGAAUUAACAUGCGUCUUAUCACUAGCUGUUGGUGUUAUCAUUGCCAUAGUUAUUGGUGCUUUGUUGGGGAUUGCGUGCCUCACAACUGUGAUCAUAUGCGUGGUAUGCCGUCCACAUCAUAGAAGGAGGUAUCGACAAAUAUAGUUUUUGGAAGAAAAUUGAGCAAAUUUGGUGUACUCGAUGAAUCCAUUCGUUCUGAAGACCACUUUUUAAAAAUAUCGAAAGAAAGAAGCUCGAUUUACCUCUUUUGAAAAUAUUCUACUCCUUCCAACUUUUUUUUUGUCCCAAGAGUGUAUUGUAAUAAUCAUUUAAAUAAAUCAUGAGUUUUAAAAGUCUUCUUUUAAACCUUAAUUCCAUAUAAAUAGGAAUAUGACAGGUUUUUAUAAAGAAUACUUUAUUUUGUGUAGAUACAUAGGAUUCCAGAUUGAGAGAGACAAAUGACUGUAAACUUCAUUGAAUUCCAUACAAUGUACUAACAUUUUCGAAUAUCAUUAUAUUUAAUGUUUAUUUUAUAUACUUACAUGUCUCUUUUGAAUAAAGUUUUCCCCAUCUU